AUGAUCACCCUAUGUUGGAACGUUCAGGGGAUGGGCUCCCCUCGAACGUUCAAAUCUUUGAGCGAGCAUGUAAACAAAAUCAAGCCCAACAUUGUGUUCUUGAUGGAGACGAGAUCUACUACGGCGAAGAUGGAGCUUUUUCGCCAAAAGUUAAACAUGGCAAGCUGUUUUAGCAUUGACUGUGAAGGCAAAAGUGGAGGGUUAGCCCUUCUUUGGCAGUGUACAGGAUCGGUUUCAAUCAAAAGUUAUUCUAAAUUUCAUAUUGACUGUUUAAUUGAAGAAAAGAAUGUUCUUUGGAGAUUUACGGGUAUUUAUGGCAACCCAAUAGCUUCUCAAAGGGUUCACACUUGGACUCUGCUCAACAGGCUCAACGAUUUGUAUGAUGUCCCUUGGCUUGUGGGAGGGGAUUUCAACGAAAUUUUAUGUCAGGAAGAGAAGGUGGGAGGUCUCUUGAAGCCCCAAUAUCUGAUGAACAAUUUUAAAGAAGCUUUAGAAUCUUGUAAUCUGAAAGAUUCAGGUGAUGUGACUUUGGGUUUCUCUUGGUGGUGCAAGAGAGGAGAUACUAUUAUCAAAGAAAGGUUAGAUAGGUUUGUGCAUAACUUGAAUUGGCAGCUUUGUUUUCCCAAUUAUUGCUGUUAUCACCUGCAGUUUGGCGGCUCUGAUCACUGCCCUAUCGUUAUGAUGAAUUCAACCAGAAGGAACAAGGAUGGGCACAAAAGAAGAAGAAACACAAGAUUCCACUUUGAGGAAGUCUGGUGUAAAAAAGCUGACUUUCAUGAGUUUGUUAGAGAAGUUUGGGAUUCUGGAGGAGAAAUGAGCAGCCCCUGUUUGCUGCCUACAAGAUUGAAAAAUUGUGCCCAGGCUUUUGGUAGAUGGGGUAAAAAGCAGUUUGGGGAUCUUCAGGAUAGCAUCGUGAUAAAAAAGAAUAAAUUGAAUGCCCUUCUUGCCUCUAACGACUUGGUUCCAGUAGAGCAGAUCAAGAGUGUGGAGAGUGAGCUAAAUGACCUGCUUUGGCAAGAGGAAGUUGCAUGGAGACAAAGAUCCAGAGUCAGUUGGCUUGCUCAUGGCGAUAAAAAUACCAAGUUCUUCCACAGAAAAGCCUCUGCAAGACUUAAAAGGAAUGCGAUUGAAGGACUUUUCAACAAGGAUGGAGUCUGGAAAGAUGAUGAAAAAGGCAUGGAAGCUGUGAUACAAGAUUAUUUUUCUGAACUCUUCAAGUCCUCUAACCCUUCUGAAGAGGACCUUGAAAAAGUUCUUAAGCAUGUCUCCCCUACGGUUUCCAGAGAGAGUAACUCUAUGCUCUGCUCUAGUUUUACCAAAAAUGACAUCACGCAAGCCCUCAAGGAGAUGAGUCCCACAAAGGCUCCUGGAGAAGAUGGCUUCCCUGCACUCUUCUACCAACGAUACUGGCAGAUUAUUGGAGAGGAUAUCAGCAAGGUUUGCUUACAAAUCUUAAAUAAUAAUGCUUUGAUUAGCCCUGUUAAUGCAACCAUUAUUGCUUUGAUUCCAAAAGUCAAGAAGUGUGUUAAUAUGUCUAGUUUCAGGCCUAUUAGUCUCUGCAAUGUUAUUUACAAGAUUGUAUCUAAAACUUUAGCUAAUAGACUUAGAAGAGUUCUUAAUGAGGUGAUUGAUGUCUCUCAGAGUGCUUUUAUUCCUGGGAGGCAAAUUGUUGACAAUGCUCUGUUAGGUUUUGAAUGUGUUCAUUACAUUAAAAACUCUAAAAGCAAAUUUAAAAAUCACUUAGCUCUUAAGCUUGAUAUGUCUAAGGCUUUUGAUAGAGUUGAGUGGUUUUUUGUGGAAGCUAUGAUGCUUAAGCUUGGGUUUAGCAGUGUUUGGGUUUGCAAAAUCAUGAACUGCCUGUCCUCUACUAGUUUCUCCUUCUUACUUAAUGGCUCUGUUAAAGGAAACAUCACACCCAGUAGAGGUUUGAGGCAAGGGGAUCCUCUAUCCCCUUACCUUUUUAUCAUUUGUGCCCAAGGCUUAUCUGCUCUGAUCAAUAAUGCUGUUGUUAAUAAAGCCCUUCAUGGCAUUAACUUUGGAGGAUCUUGCCCACAGAUCUCUCAUCUUUUCUUUGCAGAUGACAGCCUCUUGUUCUGUAGAGCCAGUUUGAAAGAAUGCAGUGCCAUUAAAGAGAUUCUGUUAACCUACGGCAAGGCUUCUGGUCAACUUAUUAAUUUUGACAAAUCAGCUUUGUCUUUUGGUAAAUGUACGCAGGACAGAACUGUGAAUGAGAUCAAGAACUUUCUUCAAAUCCCGGUGGUCCAAUGCCACGAGAAGUACCUCGGCUUGCCCUCCACUGUGGGCAAAAACAGGGCUGAAAGCUUCAAAUCCAUCAAAGAGAAAGUCUACCAGAAGCUUCAAAUGUGGAAAGAUAAACUGUUUUCCUGCGGAGGCAAGGAAAUCCUAAUUAAAGCAGUGGUUCAAUCUAUCCCCGCCUACUCUAUGAAUUGUUUUAAACUGCCCAAAUCACUCAUUGCUGAGCUGGAAAGAAUCUGCGCUAGGUUCUGGUGGGGAACUAGUGCGAAGAGUAGGAAAAUUCAUUGGGCUCGAUGGAGUGUUCUUUGCAAACCAAAGUGCCAAGGUGGGAUGGGAUUCCGUGAUCUGGAAGCUUUCAACAGAAGUAUCUUGGCUAAACAACUGUGGAAGAUUAUAACCUGCCCCGAUAGCCUUCUCGCUAAGGUUUAUAAGCAAAGAUACUUCAAGGAUACAUCUCCCAUGGAAGCAACUGUUCCAAGGAAUGCCUCUUUCACUUGGAAAAGCAUCAUGUGGGCGAAAGACAUUAUUGAAAAUGGGUGCAGGUGGAGAAUAGGAGAUGGUGUCAGUGUCCAGAUUUACAAAGAUAGAUGGCUUCCCAGAGAGAAAAGUUUCAAAGUGAUCAGCCCCCCAAAACCUCAUUCCCCUAUCUGGGUUUCGGAUCUCAUUGGCACAGAUGGAAGAUGGAAAAUGGACACUAUUAGGGAGCUCUUCUUCCCUGGAGAUGCAGACCAAAUUAUCAACAUGCCUCUUCCUAGAACCCCUCAAGUUGAUAUUCUGAGGUGGCAUUACGACAAAAAGGGCUUGUAUACUGUAAGAUCUGGUUAUAGAAUGGCUAUGACUAUGGAAGACCACCCUACCUCCUCAAAUUCUGAUACCUUCAGUAGCUGGUGGAAAUUUCUUUGGGCCCUCUCUAUUCCUUCUAAAAUCAAAAUUUUCUUGAUGAAAUGUUACAACGGCUGGCUUCCCGUCAAGCUUAAUUUAUUGAAGAGAGGUAUGCAAAUCGAUGAAAUGUGCCCAGUUUGUUCGAAAUGUGCUGAAUCUACUUUGCACUCGUUAUGGCUCUGCCCCGCAGCUAAAGAUAUAUGGAAAUCUUGGGCCCUAUAUUGCCAUAUCAAGCCACAUAUUUCCAUGAAUUUGCAGGAAUGGUUUUUGCAGGUUAGAAACUCGAUUAAGAAAGAAGAUUUUAUGAUUUUCUCUGUUGUUCUCUGGCUUAUAUGGAAUAACAGGAAUGGGAUUCUCUUUGGAAAUCAUGUUAAACCUGCUCACCAAGUCCUCCAAUGGGCUUCUGCUCUUGUUACAGAUUUUGCUAAUGCUCGCGCUGAGGAAAUGAAUUUAUGUAGCUUUGGUUCUUCUGGCUUGAGAAAGGACAUGGAUGACAGAUGGGUUCCUCCUAGAGCAGGGCUCUAUUGUGUUAAUGUUGAUGCAGCCUUUGGUAAAGGUAACGGAGGAGUCGGUACAGGAGUGAUUAUCAGAGACUGGCUGGGAAAUGUGAAAGCUUCUGCUACCUACAAGCAUGAGCAGAAUGUUGAAGUCUGCUUAGGUGAAGCAAUAGCUAUUUGUGAUGGUAUUACUUUGGCAAAAGAAGCAAAUCUUACUCCCUUCGAAGUUCGAUCAGACGCAAAGGUUGUAGUAGAUUACUUCAACAUCUCCGAUUUGCCUUGUAAUGAUGUUAGUCUAGUGGUUCAAGAUUGUUUAACUCUGAUGGCUGAUAACUGCUGUGUAGGAAUCUCCUUCUCAAGCAGGAAAUCAAACUCAGUUGCUCACUAUUUAGCUAGAUUAGCUUUAACUACUCAUAGUAGUUAUUCUGUUUGGUGGAGUUCUGUCCCACCACAGAUUUAUCAAUAUGUUUUGGCUGAUUUAACAGCUUUCUAUUAA